CAGCAGCCUGGCUAAAGACCACUGUUUUUCCGGUCAUAAAAUCGUUUCGUUUCCCUAAAAGUCGUAAUUGGACUGCAAUUUUCAAAAGUGUUCAUAAUAACCCGAAGGGAAAAUAAGAACCAUCAGUGAUGUGUGCUAAAUAAAAUUCUACAAAAACUAAAAACUACCAAAAACUGUUGAAUGAGAAAUAGAGAAACUUUGUUUAUGUGGCGCCACACUUGAUGGCUUUGACAUUGGCGCCACAUUUGCAUCCGGGCAGGUGUAAAUAUUCAUUUCUGUAGCUGGCAAAGUUGCUGCUGCCUGCUUUUAGCAUAAUUAAGCGCAUCGGGGCGGGUCUCUACCCGGCCAAAGCAUCCAAAAGGAGCAAAGGACAGCGGCGAAAACAAAAAAAAAAAAAACACGAGAAACUUGGCCGGAGCCUUGGGAACUUUGAAGAGCAGCCGCCAAAGCCAAAGCAGCUUUAAGGUCCUGAAGGCGAACUGCAUGGCUCUCUUGGCCAUUAAAAACCUAAUGUGGAUCACGGCUGUGCGAUGAGGCAAAGGACACUGGGCACCACCGCAGCAUGUCCUUGUCUGAACGGAACACACCCAGCCAUGGGCAGGGAACGGGAUCAGGAGGCGGGACAGGGACUGGGACGGGGACAGGCACGGGAACAGGAGGAAUUACGCAUCGCCAGCGACCACCGGACGUGGAGGAGGCACUCUCCUCGAUGCUAUGGACGCCCUACGAGCGUACACCCCUGCCCAGUUCGGAGGAGGAGGCCGAGGAGGAGGAGGACGACGACGAGCGACUCAAUAGGAAGCUGCGGAAGUCACACAGCAGCUACGAGGCCUCGGGCCUGGCAUUGAGCCACCAUCCAUCCCACCAAGGAGCACUACCCCAGCACCACCUACCCCUAUUCGGACACCACCACCACCAACACAACCACCAGCAGCUGCAGCAGGACCUGCUCCUGGCCCUGCCUCCGUGCCCCGUGUCUUCGUUUCCCCCGUUUAGUUUAAGGGCCUUCGACGAGGCCAUCGCCGGCUUCGAUCAUCUGGCCAAAGGAGGUGGCUUCUCUGGUGGCAGAAGGAAUCGCUAUUCGUUCCCUUCUUACCAGGGCAGUCCCUCUCGAACGCUCACCCAGUGGUGCUCCUCGGCUGCCACCUCAAUCAAGGAGCCACCUUCCUAUGAAUCACUAUACUCCGCCGGUCCCCAAAAGGGUGGAGCAGCUCCUUCUGUACCAUCUUCAUCCCUGCUCGGCAGGGCCAGCGCGGAAGUGGCCCGCGAACCAUGUGAUAGAUCGCAACGAUCGCCAAAGAAAACAGCAGCAGUGGAAGAGGAUCGGGAUCGGGAUCGGGAUGAGGAUCAGGAUCAGGAUCAGAAUCAGGCUGAGGUCGUAUCCAAGGCUGCAAUACUAACGGCUAAUGUUCCCGCUGGAUUGGGUUUAAAGCGUUCCUUCACGGAUGACUACAUAUCGCAGAAUUGCGCUUCAUUCACGCCAGCAAAAACAACUGCAGCAGCAACUGCAGUGGAAAUUGCAACAAAGCAAAGCAGCAACACUGAGAAAGCAACAACAGAAACAAACACAGAAACGGCAACACAAAGCAAAGCAACGAAUGCGGGAUCACAACAAAGCGAAGAAAAUUGCAUUAUCAAUGAACAGAGCGAUGAUGAGACAGCAACAACAGCAGCAACACCAGCAACACCAGCAACACCAAGACCACCACCAGCAACAACAGCAGCAGCAGCAGAAGAGAGCAGAAGAGGAAACGAGGAAACCAGCUCAGUGGCAGUGCAGGUCACUCAACCUGUUUCCUGUGCCCGAAGAGAGCAAAGAGCGGCUGGGAGAGCGAUUGCUACGCCAGCAACACACCACUGGGAGAGCUCUUUUAGCAGCAACACAACCAGCAAUGCGAGCAACAUCCACGACGAGCACUCAGCAGCAGCGAUCAGUUUCUCGGCAACAUUCGACGCGACAGCAACUAAAGCAGAUUGCUACUAUCCGAGCAGCGGCUAUCGCUCAGUGUACGACACCAAGAGUGUGCUGCGGCCCAACAAAUGUUUGGCAGAACUCGAGCGUCUGUAUGCCGAAUUUCGCGCGAGUGAAAGCAGAUUCGAGCGGGGACUGAGCCAGUUGGACAUUGAAAACGCCAACGAGAUGCGUCUGAAUGUGCCAGCCACUGCUGCAGCAGCAAACACUGUUGCAAGCACCAACAGCAACAGCAACAGCAGCAACAGCAGCAGUAGCAGCAGUGUGUUUCUUAAUAGCGAUGAGGCCAAGAGCAUCAGCAACAUUGCAGUGUUGCCUGCGGCAAAAGAAACUGCUGUUGCUGCAACAACGGCAACAACUAGCAAGUCCUGCCAGCGACAGCCGAGUUUAACGAUCCAAGUGAACAACAAUAACAACAACGGCAAUACUACUAACGGUACUAAUAACGGCAAUCGCGUCUCGGUGGCCUCUUCGCCCACAAGCAUUGUGAACAACAACAAUGGCGUGUGCGUUGUCAACUGCAGCUACACCCCCAGCAGCAGCAGCAACACGAGCAACACGAGCAACACUGGCAACAAUGCCAAUAAUAACAACAACAACAACAACAGCGUGGUGGAAAUCAAUAACAAAGUGUUCAGUGCAAGUGUACAAAAUAAGCUAAAUAAUAAUAAUAAUAAUAAUAGCAGUGUGCAAGCCGAUAACAGUGUGAAUAUAAUCAAUGUGAAUGCCAGCUGCAGCAGCAGCAAUAGCAAUCCGCGAACCUUCACCUCAACGGAAUGUCAAACGGAUGAUCUGACCGCCAGUUCAUCCAGGGAUUCCCAGCAGCAACAGGAGCAGCAGCAGCAGCAGCAGCAGGAGCAAUUGCAGCAGCAGCAGCAGCAGAUACGGACACGCGAGCAGCGGCGCAGGGAGCGAAGGGAACGGAGACAACAGCAGCAGCAGCAGCAGCAACAAUUUCCGCCGCAUCAUCCGCGACGUCAUCAUGGUGCAGCACCGCCACCGCCCCCUCAAGCCCAAUUGCACCCGCCCCCGCAUUUGCAUCAUCCCCAUCCUCUUCCGCUUCCGCAUCCCCAUCCCCUGCCCCACCCGCAUCCCGCUGCCAUGGGCUUGGCCAGGGCUCUGCUGCCGGACAUCCUGCAUCCCCAUUACCCGCCACCCUACAGCGCCCUGCCCGUUCCCGUGGCAUCGGUGCCGCCCCCGCCACCACCCGCAGCCGUGGCUGCUGCUGCAACAACAGCAGCGCAGCAGCAGCAACAACAUGCAGCACAUGCAGCACACGCUGCCCAUGCUGCACACGCAGCUGCGCCGCCGCAGCCGCCAGCGCUUACGUCCGUGAUUUCGACGGUGCCACUGCCGGGUCCGCUGCCGGCUCCGCUCAUGAACGAUGGACGCUUCACUCUGCCGCUGCCCAUCAUGCGCAGAUCCCCCUCGGAGAGGUCCGGCAAAGGAUGUUGCGGCCAAUGGUUCGCUGGACCGCCACUCCGUGCCCUCAUUGCUGUCGUGGCCCUGGGGGGCGUGGCCUGCGCCCUCGGCGGAGCGGCCUUGGGCGCCACGGGCCUGGCCGGGCCGCCCAACUCCCACCUUACGGCCGCCCUGCUAAUGAUUGGAGUCGGCGUUGUGCUGGUGACGGUGAGCGGUGCCGCCUGGCGGAUGACGGCGCCGGGCGGCCAAAGCUGCCUGGGCAUUGGAUUGGGCACCAGCGUGGAUCUGGGGAGGUGCGGCCGGAGGCCCUGUAGUCGCGGUGGCGGAGCACCCCAUGGCCUGCUCUAUCCGGAGUUUCAGCAUCGACCGCCGCCGCCCUCGUACCAGGCCAGCAUGCAGGAGUACCGGUUGAGACUUUUGCUGUUGGACCGCGAUCGCCAGAAUGGCGUGGUGCGUGGAAAUUCGCCGCCGCCCACUUAUCGAUCUCAUGCGGGCAGCCUGCUGAGGGCUCCACUGACCACCCUGCGCUCGGGAAUUGGAGGAGGCGGAGGUGGAGGCGGCGGAGGAGGCAGCGCCGCUGGAGGCACCAUUAGCAGCAGCAUGGGUGGAUCCGAGUACAGCCUGCCACCCAGUUACCGUUCCCGGAACGCCACGCCUGCGGGUCUGGUGUGCGGCGAGCGGAAUAUAGAGACAGCACCAUCCGGACGACUGCUGGCCAAUGAGGAUGUGCACUUGCCGGAGCCAUCGGUGGUGGAGCAAUUGCCGGACUACACGGCGCUGCAGUCGAACACAUUGCUCACCUCGGCCAUUGUGGAGAUAGAGUCAUCCAAUCGGGUGACGGAUAGGGAACGCGAAUCCCAGUCAGCAAAUCCCAGCCAGGCGAAGAGCAAGAGCAAGGAUCUGGUGACCAUUGUGACCAUAUCGCAGUCCCCCGGUGGAAGCCACAGCCACAGCCACAGCCACAGCCAAACGCAGACUCCAAAUGGAGCUGGCCAGGCCAGCGGACUCGAUCAGAUCGAUAUAUUGGCGCAUCUGUAGCGCGAUCCGUCGCGUAGACACUCGUUAACCCAAAGGUAUUUAUUUGUACGGAACUCAAGCCGUGGCAGCGGCUCCUAAUGAAUGUAAUGUAACCCCUACAUAUACUUGUAACCUAAGCUGUAAGAUGUUUGUUGUACUUGAAUGUGUUGAAUUUAUUUUUGUAAGCAUUAAGCAGAUGCGCAGCGUAGUUAUUACGAAUUCUAGAUACAUGCAAUUAUACCUACGCCACUCUCUCUCUCUCUAACCCAUUGAAGUAUUAAAG